UUUGGUUUGUUUAUUCUAGUUUGAAAACUAGGUUUUAGUGAAAAAACAAACAGUUUUAGCACGUCUAAUUGAAGUGAAUUACAAUUUAAAUGGAAGUCGCUGGCAGGAAGUUGAAAACAGAAGAAGAAACUUUAAGCGAUAUGUUUUGUGAACCAUGCCAGGUAGAAAACAAGAAAACUCAAGCAAAUGGAGCAUGUCAAGAAUGUAAGGAGUACAUGUGUACUACGUGCUACCGGCAUCACCUUAAAGCUAAACAUUGUAGAAAUCAUGUGUUACUUUCUACAGGAGAGUUGUCUUCAAUGUCACUGGAUAGCAGCACGGAAGACGCGGACAAAUGCGAGAAACACGAUCAUGAACCCAUAAAAUUCUACUGUCGUACACAUGAAAUCGUGGGCUGUGGCGACUGUAUAGUGCUAGGACAUACAACUUGUAAGCCAGAAUAUAUCAAAGACCUAGCAAAGACAUUCAAAAAUGGAGACGAAUUCAAAAACUUAAUGGAGAAACUGAAAAUGUUUGAAUCGUAUAAGAAGGAAAAUGGGGAGACAAUUAAAAAAAGUAAGGACGAAGCUAAAUCGAUGUAUGACAGAGCUCUGAAGGAAAUUCGGCAGUUCAGAUCUGAUAUAAAUAUCUAUUUGGACAAGGCAGAAGCAAAUAUCUUAUCUGAGGUAGAAGAGCUAGCCGCGGAAAACACAGAAAUGCAGAGAAAGCUCGAGCAAGACGUAAAAGCGUUGACAUCAGAAAUCGAGGAAGUAAAACAAAAGUUUAACACGCAGCUUCAUCAUGGGAAUGCACUGUUUAUCAAUGCAAUUAGAUGCAAGUCUAAACUCGAUGACAUUGAACAGAUGAAUGCAAAAAUAAAGCAAGCACAUAGCGUGAAACAGUUUGAGUUUAUUCGUGACGAGAAUAUCUCUGGAAUAUUGCAAGCUGCACAACAACUGGGGAAACUGAGGAUUGGAAGUAAGCAUGAAGUUGCGAAGUCUGGAAUACAAAAAUCUGUAUAUCCAUUUGGUAGUCUAGGAGCUGGAAAACCGAAAUCAACCGACUUUGUUGUAGGUGUACGUGUACGUCGAGGUCCUGAUUGGAGAUAUGAAAUGUGUGGAAAUCAGGAUGGUAGGGGACCAGGUACUGUGACAGCUGUUCGUUUAGGCUGCUUGGCUGAGGUUAAGUGGGAUAAUGGAGAACAAGGAGGACUUUACAGUAUAGGACAUGAAAAUGCCUUUGAUCUAGAGAUCAUAUAGAUCUACUCCUGACUGGCUUUUCAGCGCUUUAUUUGUGUAAUAACAACAUUGUAACAACCUUAUAUCUAUCAUUACAUAUUUAAGUUACGGGAAAUAUUUAGUUCCUUUACAUUGAUUUGAGUGUCUCUUAGGCAAUUGCCUUCCUUUACA